AUGAAGAGCUUAGGGAAUGAUCCAUUUGACUACGAAAAGAAAUUCCCAGAAGAUAAGCAGUACGAUGAGCUGGGGUCAGCAGCCAGGGUGUGGAGAACAUACCUCGAAGAAUGUGCUGCAUCUGAUGGCGAGAUGGCGGAAGGGUGGAGAGACAGGCUAGAUGUUCUCCUCGUCUUUGCUGGUCUUUUCUCAGCAGUUGUCACAACAUUUGUCGCUCAGACAUCACAGAGCCUCCAGGUUGACUACGGUGAGGUCACUACUUCACUUUUAAUCGAGCUCAUCAAUGUCCAACGCUCGGCAUCGAACGGUUCCCUCGUAAAUGACGUCCCCCGUUCAGACCUCGCUUUUCGUCCCUCAGCAUCCGACUCGUGGGUCAAUGGCCUGUGGUUCACCAGUCUCUCGCUGAGUCUCACGACUGCCCUAUUCGCUGUUCUGACAAAGCAGUGGAUCCACCAGUACCUGUCUGUACCAUCGGGAACACUGCGCGACAGAUGCCAUGUACGUCAAUUCCGUUACAUGGGUCUGGAGCAAUGGCGUGUGGAUUUCAUCAUUGGACUCCUUCCUGUCCUGAUGAGCGCAUCGCUAGCUGUAUUCCUUGUGGGACUGGUUCUUUUUAUC